UCAAUACAAAGUUGUUAGGUAUUGUUAAUUGUUAGGAGAAAAAGCAAUAACUACUGAGAUCUGAGUUGUCUAACUUGAAGGCUUUUACGCCAGAACAAAGCUAUCCAUUGUUGAGACACUUAUUUAUAAUACGUUAUGGGAGAGAACAAUGAAUUUAGGGAUUCGGAUUGUCGGCGCGCGGAAGUACCAGAUUACAUCGCGGCCCGCCGUGAGAGGGGUAAAUUGGCCCAGCGAGCAUUUAGACAAAGGCAGAUCGACACUAUCCGGAGUCUAGAAGAAGAGAACCGCAAACUUCGCAGGGCCAUUUCGGCAAUAAGCGACGCGGCGGAUCGUAAUGACGCCACCAUAUCGCAAGCAAUCGCCGAGGCCCGUAAGGUCGCCGGCAUUACGACCCCCGAGGCUAAGCGCAAACAACCCGCGCCAGUGAUCCCGGAUUUGAAUAGCUCUAGCUGGUCGAGUAUCACUCCCAUUGAAGCUACACCGGUUGCAGCUCCUGCGUCAUCUCAGGAAAGUAGUAGUCUUGAUGAUUUCUCAUUGGCAUCAUUUCAAAUCAGUGAUCAAGCGAAUAGCUGGUCACAAUUCUUGUCAAUGACGAGUUCCGAUGCAUACGAUUUAACGACAAAUAUAAACGAUUUUGACGGCGGCUUGGGCUUGUCCAUGUCAAAUCCAGAUUACCUCGGGGGACAAAUAGUUCCCACGGGGGUUUCAACCGCAUUCGAACCAGAUAGAGCCAUCCACAUCGCGGAUCCCCCACCGGAUAUCAUCCCUUACAUGGGUGAUAAGGCCUACACUUUAGCUGGCCAAAUUUACUGGGCAGCAUUAGCUUUCGGUUUCCAAGCGCUACGAGCCAUAAUCUCCUCGGCGACGCCUCCACCGGUAGCCGUGGACAUCAUUACAAAUCAGUGGUGUUUUACGUCAAAGCGUCUGGCCCUUCCGCAGAUAAUGCGCUUGAUGUACGCGCGACUUACUUUUCGACGCUAUGGCUACUUCCAUCUCGCUAGCGAUAAGCAUAGGGAGGAAAUAAAGAGCUUCUUAGACCCGAACCUAGGAAAACGUCUGAGUAUCGCACUAUGCGACGAGGCCAAUAAGGAUGGCUUUAGAAAAGCCGAUUUCUUGUCGCCGCUGGACUUCGAGAGAGAGCUGCGGGAACGUUUUCGUGAUGAUUACCCCAUAUUUGAGGCGGCGCUCAGAGGUCAGGCGCUCGAUCAGGAGCAUGUUGCAUGCAUGCGGAAACUAAUACAGCUUAUGUCGCGCCAGGCUGUCUGCUUUGGGGACGGUCCAAGAUGGCGGCCGGAGUCCGUCGACACGUUGGUAGAUGGCUGGAAAAUGAGUACAAGACCAUUUGCGGUACACUGACUUCCCCUAUGAACGUCCUAUAUGGUUAUAUUAGAUGAGCUCGUCGUUACGCUGGUGCUCCUUGUUUCAGAGAUGUUUACUGAAACUAGCGACCAAUCUUUUCUAAGCACAGUAAACGGUGUCUUGGACGAUUAAUGUGUAUAUAACUGACCUCCUUCCUCAUCCAUCCUAGCAAUAACUUACGUCAAUAUACAAUAUAUUAGAAA